CUGUGCCCAGCGCAGUUGAUAAAUAGGUCUGGCAAAGGCUGUGAAAUACAUCACACACUGCAGAUAAAGUAUUGGUACUGAGGCAGAGAGGCAGUGAAAGCAGGACAGUGUACUUUCUCCAGCUUGACUGCUUCCAAACAGAACAUCCCAAGCUCUUUCUAACAAAUCAUGGAUGUCUUUAAGAAAGGUUUCUCUAUGGCCAAGGAAGGUGUAGUAGCUGCAGCAGAGAAGACAAAACAGGGUGUGGCAGAAGCUGCAGAGAAAACCAAAGAGGGGGUGAUGUAUGUAGGUACCAAAACGAAAGAAGGUGUGACACAUAGUGUAACUGCAGUUGCAGAAAAGACUAAAGAACAAGCCCACGUAGUUGGAGAAUCUGUCGUGGUUGGAGCAAACACAGUUGCUUCCAAAACUGUAGAAGGAGCAGAGAAUGUUGUCAGUUCAGCUGGAAUAUAUAAAAAGGAAGCACCUCCUGCAGAACCUGCACCAGAGGACCAACCAGCUGAGGCAGCUGAAGCUACAGAAGAGGGUGGAAAUUAAUCAGCCUCUAUAUUUCCUAGCAAUCUUAACAUGGUUACUAGUGUUCCUCUACCCGAAGAAGAAAUGCUGGUACUUAAAAUGCACUAAAACCACAGAAGAGAGAUUCCAGUGUCUGUUUUGUCCACCUGUCAUCUGUAGCUUUGAUCUACAAUAUUUAGUUACAUAACAGUUACAUGGCCCGCAUACCAAUUACAUGAGUCUAUUAUUUUAUAUAUAUACAUAUGUAUGUUUACACACAUGUGCACAACACACACUUACCCAAAACAUGUUUACUGUUUCACCUUGUUGCUUCAUCCAUUAAAUGAGGUCAAAUUACUUCUGUCUACUCUUAACCAAAGCAUCAUAUACAGAAAUGUUGGAAUAACUGUGUGGAUAUUUAUCAUUAGAAGUGCAACUAUGGCCUUCAGAAAUAAAAGCAGAAAAUAAAAGUUUUGUAAAAUACACUAAAUUAAACAAUGUUUAAAGUAA